AAAAGUUUUUAAUAUUUGUUUUGAUUUUCAAUUAUUUUUAAUGAUUUUAUAAUUAAUUAAAUGAAUUAUCACUUUAAUUGAUCCAAUUGUUUAUAUACAAAAUUAUCAGAACUCAUGAGUAAUACACAGCUAUUGAACCAAAGUUGGGAUUAUUUGUCCAAACAAUUGACACACUUUGAGGAAAGCGAUGAUUAUUUAUCAAAACUGACGGACGCUUUGCGAGUACUUCGGGACCAGUCUUUUGUUGAAGUACUCAUUGAAUGGUACUAUGAUUUGUACUACACUUUCAUCAACGAAGAACUUGUACCACAUUUUUGGUCCACAUUUCGUAAUCACCAGCAGUUGAGCGAAGACACGGCCAACACAUCCACCGCCGGCACCACUCAUGCCAUACUAUUCUCGACCGCCGAUCAUCUUAUUGUUCUGUGGAUCGGAUCCACCGAUGCCUAUGAGUUGACACAACCCGAACAAAUACAUCUCGCAUAUGGAGUGGGACCAACUGAAAUGGUGGUCACGUGGGUCACAAUGGAUUCGACACCGGAGACCACUGUUGAGUUCGGCCAAUCGCCGACCGGACUAAACACCAUCACUCAGGGAUACGCCACGAGAUUUACAGACGGCGGCAGUGAAAAAAGGGUUAUGUAUAUCCAUAGAGUGGUCUUAAAGGGACUCAAACCGGAUGAGCAAUAUUUCUAUCACUGCGGCAGUGACUCCGGCGGUUGGAGUAGUGUUUACUGGUUUAAGGCCAUGAAAGAGGGCAAUACAUGGAGUCCACACCUGGCACUCAUCGGCGAUCUCGGAAAUGUUAACGGAGUAUCCCUUCCCUUUCUUCAGAAAGCGGUGGCGAAAGGAAAAUACGAUGCCGUCCUUCAUAUCGGUGAUUUUGCGUAUGAUAUGGAUUCGGAUAACGCUCGGGUCGGCGACGAAUUCAUGAGACAAAUGGAACCGAUCACUGCGUAA